UUGAGGGACCAGGACUGGGGCGGUAUUCUCUUUUCCUUCUCUUUUUCCUUUCAAAAAAGCAAAACUAUCAUCUUUCUUCUACUACACUCUCUCUCUCUCUCUGCUACCUUCUUGGUGCAUAACUAAGUUUGAACAACCACUUCUCAUCAUAGAAUCUCAACCUUAACUACCCAUCAUCUGUACUAGGUAAUACUUUGCCAAAAAUGACAAGGGUGACCCACAGUUUUGGUGACACUAUGAUGAUGCAUAAGGACGUGGUAUCAGCCGAUGUAAUUUUCGCUUCUCUUCGAUUUCCUACUUAUCAAAUUGGAUCUAAUAAUAAGAUCAUGGAUGACCCGAAAGUGCUAUCGAUGAAGGAGGUUGUUGCACGUGAGACUGCACAGCUGUUGGAACAGCAGAAACGUCUCUCAGUUCGCGACCUUGCGAGUAAAUUUGAGAAGGGUUUGGCAGCUGCUGCUAAGUUAUCUGAAGAGGCUAAACUUAGAGAAGCAGCUUCACUAGAGAAGCAUGUUCUUUUAAAGAAGCUCCGAGAUGGGUUGGAAUCCUUAAAAGGUCGAGUGACGGGAAGAAAUAAGGAUGAUGUACACGAAGCUAUUUCUUUGGUUGAAGCCCUUGCAGUUCAGUUAACUCAUAGGGAAGGGGAGCUAGUACAAGAGAAGGCUGAGGUGAAAAAGCUAACAAAUUUUCUUAAGCAGGCUUCUGAAGAUGCUAAGAAACUUGUAUAUGAGGAAAGAGCGUUUGCUCGUUUUGAAAUAGAUAAUGCCCGGGCAGCAGUUCAAAGAGUGGAGGAGGCUCUUCAAGAGCAUGAGAGGAUGUCUCGAACUUCAGGAAACCAGGACCUGGAACAAUUAAUGAAGGAGGUUCAAGAGGCUCGAAGAAUCAAAAUGCUGCAUCAGCCGAGCAAGGUUAUGGAUAUGGAGCACGAGCUUCAAGCAUUAAGGACUCAACUUGCAGAAAAGUCUAGACAUUAUCUUCGACUCCAAAAAGAGUUGGCAAGGGAAAAGAAAGGAGAGGAAAAUGUUCCUCAUUUAUAUGAAUUAGAAGGGACUGAAACAUUAGGCUCGUAUUUGCAAAUUCAACCUUGCUCCAAUAAUGCCCCCGAACUUUCAGAAUGUUCAAUUCAGUGGUAUCGAGUAUCACCCGAAAGUGCCAAAAAGGAACUUAUUUCAGGAGCUACCAAAUCAGUUUAUGCCCCAGAACCUUUUGACGUUGGACGCAUAUUGCAAGUUGGUAUUAUUUCAGAAGGCUUGCAGAUCACAUUGUCAACCACCGGUCCAAUUGAACCAGCUGCUGGUUUGGGAAACUAUGUAGAGGCCCUUGUUCGAAAACAUGACACUGAAUUCAAUGUGGUUGUAACCCAGACAAAUGACUCACAUCAUUCAACUGAAUCUAUUCAUAUACUUAAUGUGGGUAAGAUGAGAAUGAAGCUUUGUAAAGGGAAAACAACAAUUGCCAAAGAAUUCUAUUCGAGUUCAAUGCAGCUUUGUGGAGUUCGAGGAGGUGGCAAUGCUGCGGCGCAGGCACUAUUUUGGCAACCAAAGCAAGGACUCUCUUUCGUAUUAGCUUUUGAAUCAGAGAGAGAAAGGAAUGCAGCUAUCAUGCUUGCAAGGAGGUUUGCAUUUGACUGUAAUAUUGUUCUAGCCGGUCCAGAUCACAGAACUUCUUCAGAAACAUGACGGGACUUACUUGAAUAUUACGUUCUCGACUGUAAUUAUUUGAGUUUCCCUCUCUUGUUGUAUUACAAGUGUGUGUAAAAGUGAAAUAUGCCUUUUUAUUGUGCUAUAGAAUCAUACCUUGUGGUCUGAAUUCCUUUAUAUAAUUUUCUUUCACCAACACCAGGGCAUUUUUUUUGUUAGCCUUUGUGAGUGAUAGUUGAUGAAAGUUUUAGAGUUUACCAAUUAUGGAAUUGGUGAAAGCCAAGUUCAGUGUUUGAGGUAUUAAUUGAUGGUUUUUUAUUGAUUGAUUGAUCCAAA